AUGGAUCUCUUCGGCGACAAUAGCGAUAGUGAGGUUGAGCCCUUUGGGGCAGAUCUUGUCGCUCCAGCUCCAAUGCUACAAGCUCGUAUCACAGAAACCACAUUUGGUGGCCUCCUCGACUCACCUAUCAAACUGCACGAGGAUCUUGCGAAGGGAUGCGGCGGACAAAUAUGGCCAGCGGGAGAAACCUUAACGAAAUAUAUUCUGAGAAGAUAUAAAGAUAAUGGUGGUCUGAGGGGCAAGAGGAUUGUAGAACUGGGUGCUGGGGGUGGAUUGACAGGCCUUGGUGUUGCAGCUGCAUGCGAUCUUCACGAUAGCGAAUUAUUCAUCACGGAUAUGGAUGCUAUGAUUGAUUUAAUCUACAAGAAUGUUGCACUUAACGGAUUCGAGAACCGAGUCAAAGUAGAAUUACUAGACUGGAGCGAACCCAUACCCGAGACAAUAGCAAACAAGCCUGUGGAUAUUGUGCUAGCAGCAGACUGUGUUUAUUACGAACCUGCGUUUCCUCUGCUAGAAAAAACUCUAGUAAAUUUAGUGGGAGAUGAUACAAUUGUAUUCUUUUGCUUCAAGAAGAGGAGACGGGCGGAUUUGACAUUCAUGAAAGCGAUAAAGAAGAGACUGAAUGUCCGUGAAAUCAAGGACGAACCUGAGUACGCCCAACACGACACAGACCAUGAAACAUACACUCGAGAAAACAUAUUCUUGUAA